AGGUACAGUCUGAGCAAGGUUUUCAGUGGACAAACAACAAUCCCAGUGAAUUAGCUUCUGCUUUGUGUGACAUCCCCAUCUCACCUACCUCCUCCGAGCCGUGUGGUUACAACGGGGCCGGGCGAAGGUUGGGCCCCACGGGCCGUUGUUUUCCUCGUCCUCGACAGUCCGGUUACCACGUGGGUCGAGGCACAGUAUGCAUGUGCCGUUGCUAUGGGCAACCUUGCGAGCGUCAGCAACGUUCCCCAAGAGAACAGUGAAUUGACGGGGGCCCUGUACAGGUCAGGGGCCAAGCAGAACGUGCUCGUAAAAGACGGAGUCUUCUUGUGGAUCAACGGCCUGUACAUCUAUAACCAGACUGCUCAACCGGCGGGCUCGGGUGCAGUGUGUGUACUCGACAUACUGAACGAUUCCAGACCAUGCGGUUCUGGCUGGCAGCUGUUCGGACAGUCCUGUUACUUCUCACUGGGGACCACAGUGAAGACGCGGUCUGAAGCUUCCACACUUUGUGAAAGAGAAUACAGCUGCAGCCACAUUUUGUCGUUAGACAGCGAGGCAGAGGGGACCUACAUCGCCACCUUGGCACCAUCCUCACGUGUACUGCUAGAUCCUCUCUACUCCCCACUGACUGAUGAGUUUGUGGGAAGCGACAGGCAGACAACCUCCUACAGUCCAUGGGCAGCUGGUCAGGGAAGACAAAACCUGUCUAACGGACGCUGCACGGUUCUGUCCACGUCCUCGGGGAGCUUGCAGAAUGCACCGUGUGGCCUGCUGAACGCCCGCCUGGUGUGCGAGGCCCCCAAGAUUCGGUGCUCAGGAUGAACCUUUUGGAAUAAAAAGCUUUUGAAAGGAAAACUCUCAGUAAUACUUGUGUGCUAGAGUUUGGAAUUCAAAAUAAAGAUUAGUAGUUUAUCUUUCCAGCAGAUAGACAAUGUUUACACUUAUUUCUUGUAGAAAAGCGUAUGCAAAAGUUAACUGUGAUUAUUAUUACUAAAUUUUCAUAUAGGUGAUGUAAGUUUGAUUAAAAAAAUUAUUACAAAUGAAACACUCGAAAUGAAACUGAGAAAAAUGAAUGCUGGUUAAAAAAGUCCAUAAUUUUAAAGAAAUCUCCAUGAUUGAAACUUGAUAAACAAGCAAUUGUCAUGUGUGGAAAACACAAAAUAAAAAACUU